AUGGACGGGCUGGCUGGACACCCGCUGAGACGGAUGGGCUGGCUGGACACUCGCCAAAACGGACGGGCUGCACACCCGCCGAGAUCGCUUUGCUGGACGCACGGGCUCUUACGCCCGCCAAGACGGACGGGUUCCUAUGCCCGCCGAGACGGACGGGCUCCUACGCCCGCCGAGACGGGCGGGCUCCUACGCCCGCCGAGACGGACGGGCUCCAACGCCCGCCGAGACGGACGGGCUCCAACGCCCGCCGAGACGGACGGGCUGGCUGGACACCUUCCGAGAUGGACGGGCUGGCUGGACACCAGC